AUUUUUUUUAUCUUUUCUCUACGAGCUUACGAGAGGGGGGAAACAAAAAUAAUGGAAUGGAUAACUUCACUUCCCAAAAUCGAGCUUCAUGCUCAUCUCAACGGCUCCAUUAGAGAGUCCACUCUUCUAGAGCUCGCUAGGGUUCUAGGUGAGAAAGGCGUUAUCGUGUUCGCUGAUUUUGAAGAUGUUAUUCGGAAAAAUGAUCGAUCUUUGGCUGAGGUUUUCAAGUUGUUCGAUUUGAUCCAUAUGAUCACUACUGACCACAAAACCGUGACAAGGAUCACAAGAGAAGUUGUAGAAGACUUUGCUUUAGAAAAUGUGGUUUACCUCGAGCUACGAACAACUCCAAAGAGGAACGAUUCGAUAGGUAUGAGUAAACGUUCUUACAUGGAAGCAGUAAUCCAAGGUUUAAGAUCUAUCAGUGAAGUCGAUAUUGAUUUUCUUGCGGCAUCUGAUUCUAAUACACUACACAAUGCGUGUGAUGGAAUUCGAAGAAAGAAGAAAAUUUGUGUUAGACUUCUUCUUAGUAUUGACCGUAGAGAAACAACAGAGUCCGCAAUGGAAACUGUUAAGCUUGCAUUAGAAAUGAGAAAUGCUGGUGUUGUUGGUAUCGAUCUUUCAGGGAAUCCUCUUGUUGGAGAAUGGAGCACUUUCUUGCCUGCAUUACAAUUUGCUAAAGACAGUGAUCUUUACAUCACUCUUCACUGUGGAGAGGUUCCCAAUCCAAAAGAAAUCCAAGCCAUGCUUGAUUUUAAACCGCAUCGAAUUGGCCAUGCCUGUUUCUUGAAAGAUGAAGAUUGGGAAAAGUUGAAAUCUUUCCGGAUUCCGGUUGAAAUUUGUUUAUCAUCCAACAUUAUAACCAAAUCCAUAUCUUCAAUCGAGAUACACCAUUUUGCUGAUCUCUACGAUGCAAAGCAUCCAUUGAUUCUAUGCACAGAUGAUUUCGGAGUUUUCUCCACUAGCCUCUCCAAUGAGUAUUCUCUCGCUGUUGCUUCUUUUGGUCUUAGCAAAAGAGAAACCUUUACAUUGGCUAAAUCCGCCAUAGACGCAACGUUUGCAGAAGAUGAAGUUAAGCAACAACUUAGGUUGAUUUUUGAUUCAGCCUCGCCAGAGUAUGUGUAGUGUCCAGCUUUUACCGGGCCGGGUUUACUUGAUUUGAUUGGUUUAUGCCGAACCGGAAAACUUGUUUUGGUUCAUUGACUGUAUUUUCGUAUUAAUAAUUGUGGAUGUUACUAAUAUUUUUCAGUUACUAAUAUUUUUCAGUUACUACUUUU